CUCUAUAGUCUGAGCACCAGCUCGCCGGCCUAUCAUAUAUCCUCUACUUUCGGCCAUGGCAAUCGCAGCCAGGUGUUGUCUGAUCGGUGUUCUCUUCGCGGCCCUCCUUGGCAGCAUUGGCAUUGUCAACGCUUAUAUCCCGGCAACACCCACAAACGACACAAGCCCUGAUACCCAGCGGGGCCCGGACGCGAACGGUUCAUCAAGGCUGCACCUCCAGUGGUACCAGAACGGCUCGGAUUGGGAGUACGUUUCGUAUCAACUAGUUGGAAACAACAGCAAUGGUGUCAGCCAGGGCGUGUUGGUGCACUUCUCGGAGGAUUACGCCUUCAAUUCGACAACUAUCACACCAUGGAUAGCUCUUAUUGCUUGCGAUGCUAAUGCAACCAAUGCAUCGAUGGAGGAUGACAUCUUCACCCUUGCUCGAGACCGGGGUGCAGUUUCAGCUCUGUUGUACUCUAACUUCUCAGAGCAAUGCAUUAUCAACUCUGAGUAUGCCGACCCCGAAAACUUCGAUCAAGUCUUCGACAUCUUUGCUACGCAAAGCGAAAAAGUGUCUCAUUUCAUCGAGUAUGAGUUCGGUGAGUUUGGACCCGGAAACGAGAGCUACUAUGGCUAUUUCAACGCGACACGCUUAAACCAAUCGUUCGCCGACGUCAACCAGUCUCUCAACAACGGGAGUCCCGAAAAACCGGGAUGGCUGUACGGAUCCCUCAUCGCAUACAACGCGACUGGAUCCACUGCAGGUGGAUCCAACAACGGCUCUGGAACUGUCAGCUCUGGCAAUUCUGGUAGCCACAAAUCAACGGGGCUUGCAAUGAUUAUCCUGUAUGCUAUAACUGGUCUGGUAUCAGCCUUGUUUUGCAUCGUCAUUAUCUCUGGGGCUAUUAGAGCGGUGCGCCAUCCGGAAAGGUACGGUUCCAUGACUGCCCACCAUGGAGGCGUAAUUGUUGGCCAGAGUCGUGCUCAGGGUCUUGGCCGGGCGAUACUGGACACGUUCCCUAUCGUCAAGUUUGGUCAUCCCCCAAAUGACCAUAGUGCAACUAUUCCUAAGGACAUAGAGACUACUCAUAAUGCGCCGGAACCUGGAGACAGGAUGGAGAUGCUAGCCAUUCCAAGCUCAGAGGUGCCGCCUCCGGUUGGACGCCACAGACCAUUUGGAGCUGGUGGAUCGACCGCGUCAGGAGAAACCCAGGAGCUUGGGUACCCCCAGCCUCGGCCUUCAGCUAGCACUGGGCUUGACCGGUCACAGUCUGACGUGAUGCCUGAUCAGAUUGGUCGAGAAACAUGCCCUAUCUGCAUUGUGGAUUUUGAAGCCGGCGACGACCUACGAGUGCUGCCAUGCGAAGGGAAGCACCGGUUCCAUCAGACCUGCGUUGACCCUUGGCUUCUGGAGCUUUCUGGGUCAUGUCCAAUCUGUCGACACGAUUUUCAUGCUCUUGAAGCUAUGCUUUCGGAGUCCGGCUUCGAGCAAGACGAUCCAGCCGUACAAAGACGAAGUCGGACAAUGUCACAAGGCAAUCGUUUCUCGCGCUAUCUGCGUUUCGCGAGACGACGACAUCAACGCAACCAGCGAUCACUUGAUACCCCCGGUGAAGGCGCAGACAACCCCCCUCUCGAGCCAGUGGAGGAGUCAGGCUCAAGGCGACAAGGACAGUGACCAUUAUGAUUAAUAUCUUCCACCACAUUAUGUUUUAUUUAGCAGUUACGUGUAUGUACUCCCUUUAUUGUUCAGGAUCCGCAGGCAUGUAUUGUCUUACAUCCAUUGUUCAUAACGGUAUUUACACACCCUUGCUUACCCUUUGCUCGUUUGUCUAGUCUGCAGAUGCAUCAUGACAGCCCCAGCUGACGCCUCGGUUUCGGAGUUCUUGACGUGCCGAAACAAACUGACCGUCUGACUUGCAACUAGGUCAUACGAAGGGGUCGCUGACCGACCGACAAUUCUUCGGUGGAGUAAACCUAGGCUUCGGACUGCGGUGACGCAGGGGCUGGGGUUCAGUGCCCGAUCCAGUCCCGAGCGGAGCAUGCACGAAUUUACCACUGAAUCCGAGAGGCGGAUGGACAGGGAUUGACCUGUGAUUUGCCGAAUCCAGGGAGAAGCCUCGUCAUUGUUACCGUCAUCAUCGACCUUUCCUCGAGGACUCCUCGACCGAUUCGAGACGAAAGCUCCUAUACCCCAGACGAGGUCUCAGUAUAAAGGCAGGACGAUUUUCUCCCUCGACCUCAGUAUCUACUACCACUUCACCAAACCACACCACCCAACUAGUUUUAUCACAAUGACCGACUUCGGACGUCAAUCUGCCGGCGACAAGGCCCAGUCUAACCUUAAGCCCGAUUCUCAGAAGUCCAUGACUGAGCAGGCUGGUGACAAAGCCAAGGGCAUGGGUGACUCCGCUGCCUCGACCGCUCAGCCCGAGGGUCAGAAAUCAUACGGCCAGCAGGCCACUGACACUGUCAGCGGUAACUCCAACCAGAACUCU